ACAGAGCAACAAAGUAAAGACAAUUUAGAAGGUGAAGCAUUCAAGCAAAGCAAGAAAAGGAAAACCCACUCUCCUCUUUCUCUCUCUUAGUCAUUCAUUUCUCUCCUCUUCUUCUUAAACCUUCUCUUUCUCUUUACGCUUUCUCUGAUUCUAAUGUUGUAAAAGCAAAAACAAAAAGGGUGUCUUUUUGCAACUUUGAAGAAGAGAAACACAAAGAGAAUUUUAACAGUCUCUCUCAUCAUGAACCAGAAGGCUAGUGUUUCUAAAGAGCUUAAUGCCAAGCACAGAAAGAUAUUGGAGGGUCUUCUUAAAUUACCAGAAAACAGAGAAUGUGCUGACUGCAAAAGCAAAGCUCCACGAUGGGCUAGUGUGAAUCUUGGAAUUUUCAUAUGCAUGCAAUGUUCAGGGAUCCACAGAUCUCUUGGAGUACAUAUAUCAAAGGUGAGAUCUGCAACUCUAGACACAUGGCUUCCCGAGCAGAUUGCAUUUAUCCAAUCUAUGGGGAAUGAGAAAUCAAAUAGCCAUUGGGAAGCAGAAUUGCCCCCUAAUUAUGACAGAGUUGCAAUUGAAAAUUUCAUCCGUACAAAGUAUCAAGAAAAAAGAUGGGUUCGAAGGGAUGCAAAAGCAAUAUCUUCGUCAAGGGUGAGUGAAGAGAAGGGUUCAAUUAAUAGACCAGGACCUGGAAGUAACGGUUGGCAUGCUUUUACAGAAAAUAUUGAACAUUCUUCUGAAAGGAAAGCUGUUAGUCCACCCAUAACAAGUAAUAGGGUAACUACUUCAAAAAGUAGCAUUCCUGUAGCUGUUGAAGUAUCCCAACAGGUCAUUUCUGAUCCAAAACCACAAGAAAGAUUGCAGAAAUCAGAACCAGUAGUCACAAAGGCUGAAUUGGCAAAACAGGCAGUUACUGUUACCCCUGCUGUCCCACCACCCAAAGUGGAUUAUGCAACUGAACUUUUCAAUUUACUCUCCAUGGGCGAUUCUGGACAAAAAGGCUCUGAGACAUCUGCUGUUGAUGAUAAUGCAUGGGUCAGUUUCCAUUCUCCCAAAGCAAAGUUAACAGCAGAGAAAAAUGAUCCAUCACAGUCAGUUGAAAGCAAGAUACAAUCCAAGAACGGAAUUGAAGAUCUUUUUAAAGAUUCACCCUUGGUUACAAAUUCCUUAUCAGUGGAACCCCGGAAAGAUGUGAAGAAUGAUGUUAUGAACCUCUUCGAGAAGUCCACUAUGGCAUCACCAUUCUCUAUCCAUCAACAACAACUGACAAUGCUAGGCCAACAACAAUCAUUCCUUAUGGCUGCUUCGGCGAAUGGCUCCCAAACACUUCCUGCCAUUGUACAUCAACCUCAGUCCGAUGCUGUUCUCAUACCCAAUCAGAAUUGGGGAAGUAUGGGCCAUCAAGUUCCCAGAAUGAUGAUGCCUGUAGCUGAUCCACAAAAAUAUAUGCAGAUAGGAAACCUCCAACACAUGUAUCAGACAGGGAAUUCAGUUCCCUUUUCAAGGAGCAUGUAUAUGGUAGGGCCAGUAGCUCCAACCUAUGGUUUGACAAGCAUGAGAGUGAAUGGGGCUCCUGCAGCAUCACCAGUACCUUCAGUCACUCCAACACAAUCAGGAAAAGAAUAUGAUUUGUCAUCAUUAAUGCAAGGGAUGUAUACAAAACCGUGAGAAAUUUGUCAAGUUGUGAUUUCAUAGAUGUGAUUAACAGAAAUAGUUAUAUUAUAGGAAAGCAUUUGAGGUGUAUAUUCCUUUAUAUUUAAAGCAGUUAGCUCUUUGUUGGUGAUUCAUUGUAUCAUGAAUUAUGCUGGUGCAAUAAAAAUGAGUUCAUCAUUUUGCUUAA